CGCUCCAGCCACGUUCGGCACGUCGUUGGGGCCGUCCUCGUCGAAGCGAAUACAACGGCUCCAGAAAGGCUCCGACAGGCGAUAGGGACCUGAAAACGCCCGGACCCUUACUUGCGUCGACGCGGCAGAAAGUGCACUCACCAUGGAGAAACAGGAGCUAUUUACAACCCUGCGCACCGACAUCGGCGAAGAAGGCGUCGAGAAGAAACUGGAGGAAGAGCGUCGAAAGCUUCGGCGAAAAAGGAAGAGGCUUCGGGAACAGCUGCGCAUGGAAAUGGAGGCCCUUGGACUGCAAGUGCCACAAGAGGAGGACGCGACACAAACCAGCAAGCGUCACACGCUUUCAAGCAGGACAUCAAGGACAACCAAAACUGAUGUCGAGAGGGCUUCAGUCCAUAAGGCGACGACUUCAAGAAAGUCAUCGAAAUCAACCAGAACUACAGUUGAAGCAGACAAGGGCUCAGUGAAGUCAGAGACGCCAUCGAAGCAUUCAAAGGAGACCCAAGGUUCGGCGAGCGCUCAAUCGAAGCCAAGCUCGGCGAAGGGUUCGGUGUCUGCAAAGAGAACGUCAGAAGCUUCGCUGAAAGGAUCCAAAACGCCAACUGCGGAAGCUGAGGCGAAGCCCGAGGAAGCCGUUAAAGAACAACCGGAGGGUGAGCCAGCGCCUGUUGAGGAAGCCUGGGACCAAGGACCGGAGCAAGGUGGAGCUGAGAAGGAAGGUUUCGCCUUCGACAUGUUUCCCGAGUACGGAGACGAGCCGGCCCAGCAAGGAAAGCCCGAGCCCGCGAAGGAGGCCGAGCCCGCGAAGGAGGCCGAGCCCGAAGGGCAGCGCCUGCUCAUUGCGGCGCUGGUCGUGCUGGCCACGCUGGCGCUGAUCGUGAUGGGUGGCCUGUUCCUGUACGCCAAGCCGUUCGAGGUCCUCACCAACGGCACCAUCCUCAAGACCGGCCCUUGCUCGUCGCCCGGCUGCCUCAAGGCCAAGGCGCUCUCCGACUCCAUGCUUCAAUCCGCCAACGUCAAGCAGGGAAGCCUGCACCCCUGCAACAGGUUCUACGAGUACUCGUGUGGGGGCUGGGCAACCAGGCACAUAGAAACCAGCACGCGCGCUUCGCUGAACGAGGUACUGGUCAACAUGAUGAACCGAACUCUGUCCACGGCCAAUCUGGACACGUCGGAGAACGAGCCGUACCGAAACAUGAUCCUCUUCUACCGAUCCUGCAUCGAAUUUCACUCGACGACCAUGCCGACAGAUGUGCGCGUGCGGAAGGCCCUCUACCUGCUCGACUUGAGCUUCACCGAGUGGCUUUACCACAACCAGGAACCCAUAAUCCUGUUCUACUUCAUGAUACGCCUCUCUCUGUCCCAGGGCAUCAACACGCUACUAAAACUGCGCGUGGUCGAGAAGAAUCGGGAGGCGCGCGUGGUGAUGGAGGUCGGCAUGUCGGCGUGGCAAAAGUUCUCCUCGGCCACCUCGCGUAAGUUUGACGAGAGGACAUACAGGCUGUACAUGAGCGAUGUGCUCUUCAGCCUCGACAUCCCCAACAUCACCGAUAAGAUCGUCGAGAAAACGCUCAGCUGGGACAACGAUACUACAACAAGGCACAUGCUGGCGACGAAGGACCUUAUCCAUGAGCACACCGUCUACGAUAUGAUCCAAGCAGAGGGCAAGGUGACUGGAGCGGACUGGUUGUACGCCAUCAACGACAACUUGCCGCAGACGCUGCGCCUAAGGAACAACUCGCACAUGGACACGCACAACCUGACGUUCAUCGAGGAAGUGAUCAACGAAUUCUUCACCAAGAGCAAGGUCGAACUGGUCACCUACGUCUUCACGCUGGCUAUUGCCGAGCUGCUUCGCUACGACUUCAACAGAGAACACAGGUACAUAGCGACGUGCCUGAAGUCCUCGUACGACAACUUCCCCGACCCCCUGAGGAGCCUGUUUGUCAAGAAACACCUGAAAAAGAGCGUCAUCAACCACUUUCGGAUAUUCUUCGAGAACAUCAAGAAAGAAGUGCAUGACAGCGUUUCCACCUUCGACUGGAUGGACCAGAACACGCACAUCAAGGCACGCGUCAAGAUCAGCACGGUGGGGCUGCGAACUGUGGAGAGCACCACCACUCGAGAGGUGAACCCCGACGAGGAGCCGAUGUCCGGGGACUUCCUGUCCAACUACGUGGUGAUUGCUCGCUACAACAAGAAGCGUGCCAACCGCUAUCCAGAGCCGAGCCAGAAAUUCCAGCAGAACCUCGACCUGAUCAUCGGGGACGUAUUAGUGGACUACGAGGAGAACGCGAUCAGCGUCCCCGCCAGAGACAUGCUGGAGCCAGUUUUCUACGAGGACGCGAAAGAGAAGUUCGUCAACCUCUCGGCAAUCGGCCCUGUGGUGGCAGCCGAGGUGAUCUCCGUGGCCUUCUCGCCGUCCGGCUCCAGGUUCGCGGCCGGCGGUCUCAAGAUCGACUGGUGGCCCGAGCGGGUCGUCACGAACUACAAAAAACGCUUGAACUGUUACGAGAGUGAGUAUGCCCAGCUUAGGGAUGACGUUAUGUUGGGCAAUACUACCGGCGCGGGGCGAACAUCACAAGAGGUCCUGGAGUACCUGAUGACGUACAGCCGGGGCCUCGAGAUCGCCUACAAGAUGGCCGACAUUUCGGACAACAAGAACAAGCAGCUGUUUUUCACGCGAUUCUGCCAGACGUUUUGCAACAGCAACCAGUUCAAGAACACGCACGCGCGCAGGACCCUCAACGUCAAGCUUGCCUGCAUGUAUCCGUUGCUGCACAGCGAAGGCUUCCGCGAAGCGUUCGAAUGCGACCACACGCACACGCUCUACCCGAAGAAGACCUGUCCGCUCCUGUAAUCGGCAGGAUGCUUCGACAUGCCUACAAGUUUGAGGCUUGUGCUGCGAAGUCGGCGCUUUGGCUUUGGACUUGGUAUCGUCUUUGUGAAGCUAGUUGACGCAUCGCUCCCAACACGUGUCUGACCUAGGGUGCCCUUCGGUCACCUGCUUACGACACACUGUUUGCAACACUGUUUGAUUAAUAUAGUUUUCGCCUGAA